UUACCACAAAUCAACAGCGUACCACCGUCGUCGUUGUUGUUGUUGUAGUAGCAGCAGCAACAGCAGCAGCAAGUGAAUAAUGGCGGAAUCGGGGGGGGGAUUAACAUAUCCUGCUAAUGUAACUGGCUUUAACACUCCGGUCGUGGCCCGGUCUCGUUUCCCGGGCCGGCCAUGGACAUCUCGUAUUCGGCUACGGUCUGAGAAACGUCCGCAGCGGGGACGAUUGGACUCGGAAGGUGGAGAGAUAAUCACUGGAGGCCCGAGGCCAAUCAACAUUGGACUAACGUUGUGCGAGGACCCGUCACUGCUACGCUUACUCGGGAUUGCCGAGAAACAUAGGCGCCAGAGCGAGGCGGGUUUCUACUCAAGCGGGAGUGAGGAUGAGGAUUUCUCUGGGUUUGGGACGGAAUACCGGCCUACACUCUCAGCACGCAAUAUCUCUAAAAGCAGUCCUUUCCAAUCAUCAUUAUUAAAGCCAAAAAAGCCUCCCCUAGCUCCAGAACUUACAGCAAAGCUUAAGAAAAGUGGAGGCAAGGUCUCUGAAGAAGAAGUUGGAGAGGGUCAGGAAGAAAAUGCUGUGAAACCCAAAAUAAUUGCCAAACUGGCAGCCCAAAAGAAAUCCAUCAGUUCGGGGGUUAAGUCUACAGGAAAGCAGGCUACUGGGACAAAGGCCUCAAAAAGCAAGGGCAGUGAGAAAUCCGAUGGCUCUGACUGGAAAAGGGGAAGGAAAGCGGUGGAAUCGUCUUCAACAGCCAGAAAGAGGAACAGGCAAGAACAAACAACUAAGGUAAGCAGGGGAGGCUCAGGGUCCAGCAUAGUCCGACCCCAAACCAGCAGAAACAAGCAGGGUAAACUGGUGUGGACCCUGACAGUGGUCAAGGGCAAAGGGAAGACUUCCAAGGUCAAAGAGGCUGGGGAGGUAACAGCAGACGAUAGUGAAACAGACAUAGUUAAGCCACAGAGGUCUGGGAAGAGAAGAAAAGGAUCUCAGCAAGGGGACAAGGUUGAAGCUCAGUCUAGAAAUGGACAGAAGACCACGAAUCCCCACACCGCCUCUCAAGGAGUAGCACUGUCUCCUAAACCUGUGAAUAAACAGCAGAGGGAUAGAGUGUCCAGGGGAACUGGGGAUUCCCCUGAGGUUGGUGCUGAGCUGUGUCAGGAUCCAGCAAUACCCCCGGAAAGAAAGAAACCAGCACCAUAUAAGCGUAAGUCCAUAUUUGGCUUCAGGAGGAAGCCCAGUAAUGUGCAGAAACUUCGUCCGCCAGAUUCUGUCGUGAAAUGCUUUCGUCGUAAGGUUGUCUUCGACACCUACGUACCAGAGUCGCUUCCAACCCCAGUGAAGCAGGAGGCGCAGUGGGAGAGAACCGGGACAGAGGGCAAGCCUCUCCUGUCCCCUGGAGAGAUCCAACAAGGAGGCAGCAGUACCAUCUCCUUGCCUGUGGUGAGCGCCAGGUCUUCACGUGUCAUUAAGGCACCCAAGAGGUUCCUCCAUGACGAGAUCAUAUCCUUGCCUAGGGGAUCCCUGAAAAAAAAGUGCCAAUACAAGGUGGAGGAGGAUGCCAUGAGCCUAUCCUUUUAUGAUUCAGACAAUGAUGACAUUGACAACUUGUCUCAAAUUCCAGGUCAAAAUGAGUUCAAACCUGAAGUGGACGGCUCAACCGGUAAAAAAACACUUAAGACCAGCCUUUCCUCAAGCCCAGGCUCAUCCCAUCUCGAGGUCUACGAGAGACUCAAGAAGCUGACCCUCAGCCUGGCCCAGAAGAAGAAGAAAGGCCUUAGUGCUGCUGAUGGUGAAACCACAGAAGAAGUCCAGGAGUACCUAUGUUUGACCUCGCCGGUUAGGAAGAGGGGGAGGUCCAAGCUGAAGAUGGAGGACCUUAACUCCCCUGGGGUUGUGCGGAAACUGGCGGUGCUAGUCAGUAACGAUGCUGCUGCAUCUCAAGCUGCUUCAUCUGAGACUCUGGAGGAGGCAGCAAAUGACAGAGAAAAUGUCCAAGGGUCGGAGGCUGCUGCUGACAAGGAUUACGAAGGAGAAAGCCAGGCUGAUGGGAGGGUGGUGGAACAGGGGGGCACCAGCCAUCGGAGCAACCUCACCAGCAUCAACAAGAGGAUGUUCCAUCUGCUGAAGAGGGCCAAGGUCCAACUCCUUAAGAUCGGCCAGCUGAAGAGAGCCAGGCUGCAGCUUGUAAAGAUCGACCAAGAAAAACCAAUGAAGUCAUCACAGCCCCUGUCUGGAUCGGUUAAGCUUGGUCCCAGAGAUUUAGGAGGGAGGAGGAAGAGGAGGCGAGGCUCUGCUCAGGACCAACUCCCUGGCGGCCCACGCAUCAAGCACGUCUGUCGGGCAGCAGCGGUGGCGUUGGGGCAACCCCGUGCCAUGGUGCCUGACGAUAUCCCCAGGCUUAGCGCUCUGCCCCUUCAUGAGCGAGAGGGCAUCAUCACUUCACCAGCUGUAGAAGACAUUGCGGAUGACCCCUCUGACUGCACGGUCAAGCACAAGAUGACAAGACCGAAGCAAAAGUACAGCAAGCAGCGGAAGUUCAAGAGGAACUAUAGCGAGGUUGGUCCUGGGGGCCGCGCCACCCGCUGUGGGACCUGCCAGGGCUGCCUGCAUGAGCGUGACUGCAGCACCUGCUUCAACUGCCUGGACAAGCCCAAGUUUGGAGGGCCCAACACCAGACGCCAGUGCUGUGUGUUAAAACGAUGUGUUCGGAUUGAGGCAAGGAAAGUAAAGCGCGGCAUCAAGCCAUUCACAGUCCUUUCGAGGCGGCGGCGCCAGACGUCAGCUAAUGGCCUUCAGUCCAACAAUGAUUUGGCGUCGUGGGGAGAUGCAGAGGAGAUUUCGGCCCCUGCAACCCUUGGAGACUGCCUGAGGCCUUCCACCAGGAAGCAGCCGAGGCGGAACGUGACGCCACGCUCCUACAGCAACCUGCUGAAGUCUGACUCGGACGAGGACACAGGCGGAGAAGGCGUGGUAAAGAAUCCUUACGCUCCCAGCAGCCAAGAUGCUGCACCCUCUGGCCUCCUAGCUCCUGAGGAUGGCCCAGUGCCCAGUGAAUUUGUAAGGCACCGCAGACCUGGGACACCCAAAGGACUGCUGGGCCGAUGCAGAGCCGACAAGAAUGCUGUGGAAAACACGUCAACAAACAUCCUCACUGCGCUCACCAACAGACUCCCCCAAAAGGGCCACUUGAAGACCGGGACGCACAGGAUCCGCGUGGACUUUAAGGAGGACUGUGCCAUCCAGAACGUGUGGUUGAUGGGCGGUCUGAGUAUUCUCACCUCCGUCCCCGUCACCCCUCAGCCUGUCUGUCUGCUCUGUGCCAGCAAAGGACACCAUGAGAUGAUCUACUGCCAGGUGUGCUGCGAACCCUUCCACAGCUUCUGCCUCUGGCCCGAAGAGCGCCCCCAGGAGAAGAACAAGGAGAACUGGUGCUGCCGCCGCUGCAAGUUCUGCCACGUGUGUGGCCGUAAGAGCAAGAACAACAAGCCUGUGUUGCAGUGCAGGAGGUGUCAGAACUGCUACCACCCCUCCUGUCUGGGACCCACCUACCCAAAGCCCAUCAACUGUAAGAUGCCCUGGGUGUGUAUGACGUGUAUCCGGUGUAAGAGCUGUGGCGUGACCCCAGGGAAGACCUGGGACAUGGCCUGGAACCACGAGCAGGACCUCUGUCCCGACUGCAGCACCCUCCACAGCAAAGGGAACUUCUGCACCAUAUGCUCCAAGUGUUACGAGGAGAACGACCACAACAGCCAGAUGAUGGAGUGCUCCAUGUGUAGCCACUGGGUGCAUUCUAAAUGUGAAGGACUCUCUGAUGACCUGUAUGAGAUCAUGUCUAGCCUGCCAGAGAGCGUAGUAUAUUCCUGUACACGCUGCAGCCAAUCACAGCCCAUAUUCUGGAAGGAGGCGCUGAAGGAAAGGCUGAGGGCGGGGCUAGCGAAUGUGCUGAACAACCUCCUCUCUGACUCCUCCGCCCAGCACCUGAUAACCUGCAGAGAGUGUGAGGAAUCCACGGAACUAAAUGCUUUCAGGGACCAACAGCAGCCCAUCUGCGACCUACAUGCCGUGGGUCAAAAAUGUACAGGCGGCCAGUACACUUCACUGAAAUCAUUCCAUGAGGAUGUUGUCAUGGUGAUGAGGAAGGGGCUAAAGGAGGAGGAGUCUCUCCCUGAGGACCUGAGGCCCACCUGUUUGGCCAGGUCUCACUACCUGAAGUUGCUGGAGGAGACUUUCAGUUGGUUUCAUAGCCAGGAUCAGAAAAUGUGGGACCCAAUCUCCAAAGAUUUCCCAAGUGGUAUGCUCCCUGAGGCAGUUCUUCCACCCUCUAAGGAGCACAGCUAUGCACAGUGGCUGGAGAGGACAUACCAAGUUACCAGGGUCUCAGGGUGCCUCCAGCAGGGGAACAGCAUCCCUUCCCUGUACUCAGUCACCACCCAUCAGUCCCGGGCUCUGGAGAGCCUCACACUCAAAUCCCAAGGUACACAUUGUGCUCUAACCGGGGCUCUAGAACUCGACUGGACCAAAGAUGAGAGGCAGUGUGCACUCUGCCAACAAUGUGGAGAUGCCACACCCAACGACGCAGGCAGGCUGCUGUACCUGGGGCAGAACGAGUGGGCCCACGUCAACUGCUGCCUGUGGUCCGCUGAAGUGUACGAAGACAACGGAGCUCUACUCCAAGUACACAGUGCUGUCUCCAGGGGGCGCCACAUGCGCUGUGAGCGUUGUGGCCAGGCGGGGGCGACUGUUGGCUGCUGUCUCUCAUCCUGUCAAAGUAACUACCACUUCAUGUGCGCCCGCACCCGCAACUGUGUCUUCCAGGAGGACAGGAAGGUCUUCUGCUCCAGGCACCGCGACCUCGUCAGUGAGAAGAUGGUGUCUGGGAAUGGGUUUGAAGUUCUCCGGCGGGUCUACGUGGACUUCGAAGGGAUCAGCCUCCGUAGGAAGUUUCUGACUGGCCUGGAGCCAGAGUCUAUAAAUAUGACCAUUGGUUCACUUCAGAUCAACAGGCUGGGUGUGCUGACAGAACAAUCAGCAAAUGGUGCAGGGUUGUAUCCUGUGGGCUACCAGUGCUCUCGGCUGUACUGGAGCACAGUGGACCCUCGGCGGCGCUGUAAGUACACCUGUAAUGUGACAGAGGUGUACUCUCCACUCCCAGAGAAGCCAGGGGAACAACAUUGGUGGGAGCAGGAGGAGAACCGAACCAUAGCCCACAGCUUCUACAAAGAAAUGGAAAUUCCAGAGGCUGUGAUGAGUCCUCUGCCCAUUCAAGUAUCUCUCAGCACCACCUCAUCCCCCCUGAAACAGGAGCCUGAGGCCAAAACCCCUAGUUACUCACAAACCAGAAGACCAGCAGGAGGAACAUCUCGACCUCUUCCCUCUCCAGGGAGUGCGAUGACCAAAUCCCACCACAUCCUGACUCUCAGGGAUCUGGGCGAUACCUGCCAGCUGCGUUGCCUGUCUCGGGGCCGCCAAUCCGGGGACUCCUCUUCCCCAACCGAUGGCCCCGCUGGACCAAUGAUGCUCCGUUCAGGGGGCACCCUCCACCCCAGGUCCCUACCCUUCAGCUCCCCUCCCAGAAUCAGCGAAAACCUCCUGAAUUCCCCUCGGAGAGUACAACCUCGCACUGGCUCCUCCAGCUGGCGCUCCCCUCUCUUGUCCCCUUCCAGUGUUACCUCCCCUCUCUCUCUGCGGCCUGUCGCCAUCGGCAGUCCACCCUCCAACCUCCCUCUGGCCCUCGGCCACUCCUCCAGGAUCAGGCAGUCAUUCAAAAUCACAACUCCAGUGUCCACUGAGGUGCCACAAGACUUCUUAGCAUCAUCCGAGCCAGGAGUGGUGGUGCCCUCAAACGGAAUCACAUUGACAGUAAAUAAUAUGGAGGAAGACACAGACGUCAGACCCCUGAUGUCGGAUCAGGACUUGCCCUUCGCGCCCUUCGACGUGGCGGACGCAGACGUGGCAGUGGCCUCUGUGCUAAACGCCAAGCUGGAGUUUGACGAGACCUUGCUGAAUGAGACUGUGGCGCUUCACUGUGGAGUUUCCCAGACAGCUGUAGGCGAUGUGGAGGAGGCAUUAGAGGCGGAGCUGUUAGAGGAGACCCAGAGCCAGACUCGUGGUGGGGACAACAUGGAUGCCAACAUAGCUCCAGUAUUCACCAAAGCAAUGGCCACUAAAGAGGUCCUGGAGAACGGUUCCUCAGACGAAGACAUGGAUCACUACUUAAAGUUAUCUCGUAUGUUGGUGGUGUGCAAAGUCUCAAAGGACUCAGGGCAGGCAAGUCUCCCUCUCCUCUCACCAGCUCCUACGUCUCAGUCCAUCUCCCAGCUUGACGGAGCGGAUAACUGCUCUGAGAGUGAUUCAAGCGAUUCUACCUGCGAUGAGGAAGAAACUCAGGAAGAGGGGAAGAGUGGGGAAGAUCAGGGGGCUGACAGUCAAGCCUUGUUUGAAACCUGUGACCCAAAUAAUGACUUGUCUAUUGAAGAGGAGGUUCUGAUGGAGUCUGAGCAAAUGGAAUCCCAGAAAGAGGUUCUUCUGGACCCCAGCAGUGGCCAUUUUGUUUCGGAUGACAACAGCAUCGGAGAGUACCUGGCUAAUAAUAAAAACGUAGUGCUUGAGGAUAGUGACAGCUCUGGCUCCUCUACAGAUUCUCUCAUUGGAGUGGACGACGAGAUGGGAGACCCAGACUUUGAGCCAGAACCCAAACCCAACCCCAAAUCAACUCCUGUGAAAACCAUCAUGGAACGCCCUCGUCCUGUGAGCAUGAAAACUAUUCCACGAAAACCCACACCAGCGCAGAGAAAAAUCAUCAGGGUGUCCAUACCCUCUGGACCUGCUCUGCCUCUGAAUGUAGCCUUCUCUUCGCCACCCAUCGCUGUUCGAACCAUUCCAAGGACAGUCACCUCCACCGCCUCCCUGACCCCAUUUGUAAUGAAUGGCAUGAACUCUAUACCCUUACAGACAGGGGCCACUACGGGGAGAGCUAUCGCUAUCCGCCUGGCCACACCAAGACAAGCAGCUCAGCAGCAGCUGACUGCCACUAUUCAGUCUGCCUCCAACUCAGCCCCGUCUCCACAGGUUCUGCUAGUCAACCGUCAAGGUCAGAUUCUGAUGAAAGAUCCAAACACUAACACCUUCCAGACGGUCAGCACCAGCUCCCCAUCCUAUAGCCGCAUCAGCCAGAUAGCCAAGAUUAUCCACAGCAGUGGUGCACUGCCCCGCGCGAUUCCCCAGAUGGUGGUAUUACCCGCUACAUCUACACCCUCGCCACGGACAGCCGUCUUCCAUAGUUCAAAUCUCAUCACUAGUAGCAGAAACAACAACAACACCACCACACCAACCACCGUCUCUAACAGAAACACCACACCAGCAACCACCACCAAUCUCCUGAUCAGGACCCCACAGAGUUUGCAUGAUGGGCGAGUGCUGGUCCGAGCCAUGCCCAUGACGCAUGGAGCGAAACAAGUGAGGGUCAAGUGCGUCUCUGUGCCCAGCUCUCCAAUGAUGACAGGCAACCAGGCCCAAGCUAUCUUAGACAGAGCCAUGGCUUCUCAUCGUGAGCCCUCUCGGAUACGGCCUAAUAUCCUCAGGGUGAGCCCGUCCCAGCUGAGCCCAUCCCACUUCCAAGUCCACCCGUUCCUCAACAAGCCUCAGUCCCCUCUAGCCAUCUCAGACACACCUGGUCAAAUGCUCCGCCACGAGCCGCCCACCGCACCCGAGUCUCAGGUCCGUGUCAAAAGAGUGUCCUUCGUCGCAGAGCGUCCCGGCAAGAAGAAAUGUAAAACUGAUUUCCUCCCGCAGUCACCCUCUAGUGAACUUGAUGACCUAGAUGGCAGCAGAAAUUGUGGCGUUAGAACUAAAGCCCCAACAAUGAAAGAUGUGCUGGAUCUGGACCAGGAGAAAGUUGAGCCCAAGGUCAUCCUACCAACAGAACCUGAGAAGAUCAGACCACCUCUCAUACCUCAGAUGGCAUGUCAGCCCAACCGCACUCUACGUCCACCCAGCAGCAGCACCACCACUCAGAGUAGCAGUAAUAUCCAUGGGAAAACCCACGUCUGGGUCAGUGCCCGCCAUGGAGAUCUCUCUGACUGGGGCCCCUACUCAGGUUUCAGCUCUGACGAGGACACGUCGCCACCUAAACAGGACAAGACCAGGUUUGUCCACAGGAACCAGCCCCACCUGCGCUUUGAGAUCACCAGUGACGACGGCUUCCAUGUACAGGCAGACAGCAUAGAGGUGGCGUGGCGAGCGGUGAUCGACGGCGUCCUGGAGGCCCGAGCAGGGUUCCAUCUGAAGGCGUUACCCCUGGGCGGGGUGAUCGGGGCGCGGGUUCUGGGCCUGCUCCACGACGCUGUCAUCUUCCUACUGGAGCAGCUACAGGGUGCCGCCAGCUGUAAACAACACCGCUUCCGCUUCCACCACUCUGAUACCCCUGACGACGAGCUGCCCAUCAACCCCAGCGGUUGCGCCCGCGCUGAGGUCUACACGCGGAAGUCAACCUUCGACAUGUUCAACUUCUUGGCGUCUCAACACAGACAGCUGCCUGACAUCAUGUCGAUGCCAUGUGAGGAGGAGGACGAUGACGUCCUACUGAAAUCCACCAGACGAGCCACCAGCACAGAGCUUCCCAUGGCCAUGCGCUUCAGACACCUGGAGAAGACCUCCAAGGAAGCAGUGGGGGUUUACAGGUCUGAAAUUCACGGACGUGGUCUGUUCUGCAAGAGGAACAUUGAGGCAGGGGAGAUGGUGAUCGAGUACGCAGGCAAUGUCAUCCGUGCGGUUCUCACAGACAAGAGAGAGAAAUACUAUGACAGCAAGGGUAUCGGCUGUUACAUGUUCCGCAUUGAUGACUUUGAUGUGGUUGACGCCACCAUGCACGGCAACGCCGCCCGUUUCAUCAACCACUCAUGCGAGCCCAACUGCUACUCGCGUGUCAUCCUCGUCGACAGCCACAAGCACAUAGUCAUCUUCGCCCUGCGUAAGAUCUACCGCGGCGAGGAGCUCACCUACGACUACAAGUUCCCCAUCGAGGACGACAGCAGCAAGCUGCACUGCAACUGUGCCGCCAGGCGCUGCCGCCGCUUCCUCAACUAGAAGACCAACCUAGCAAACAGAUUAAUGUUGGAGUACUUGAAUUCUUCAAGGGAGACUGGGAGACGCAAUGACGUGGUCAUAAGGGUGGCGUUACCGAUAAGUACUGACGAAUCGGAACCUCCGAUUCGGAACCCUCCGUAGAUAGUUUACUUUAAAGACGGACUGAUAUGACACUUUUUAAUUUAAAGACAGACUGGUGGACAUAUCCCGGAGUAGGUUUUCCUAAAUUCUAUGGUGUACCGCUACAGGCAUCUAUUCUAGGCCUGCAAAGAAACCCAGUUGAUUCAGACCUCAGUACUUUAGGCCACUGGUGACAUUACACCAUCUCAUGGGCCACUCGCUUGGUUUGUCUACGUUCUUGAAUCAGUUGCCAAUGGCCUCUGCUGAAAAUGAGGGUAAAUAUUCCACAGUUGCUUAUCACUUAGACCAGAGAUGGGGUUGAUCAUUUCAGUUUGUCAUCAUUCAGAUUACUCUGUUUUAAGAGGAAUUCCAUGUUAUUGUACUGUAGCUAUGACAGUACAAGGCUACACUCGAGUUGAGGAGAAUACGAUUUUAGCACCUUAUUUUCAAUGGCCAUAAGCGUGAGCAUUGCUGUACUUAAAAUAAAAAAAGCCUGUUUUGUUUUUUUACUUUGACCCUAGCCACCUCCAGUAUACAUUUUAGAGCAGCUAUAUUUUAAUUGCCCAUGUCGAUAUUAUGGAGACCAUUAUAACAGAAUGUGUCCCAAAUGACACCCUGUUCCAUAUAUAGUGCACUACUUUAGAACAGGGCCAAUGGGGAAUGGGGUGACAUUUAGGACAUGGCCAGAGACUCUUAUGAGCAGGUUCAGGUUGUUGUUCCUUUUGUUGUACUUAUAUGAAGGUGCUGUUCAACUACCCUAAAGGAUACUUUCACUUAUGGUUUUAAUAAAGGUAGACUCAGUGACGUUGCUACGAUCACCACUGCAGAUAUUGAGAUGCAAGACUUCGAUUUCACACAGUCACACACACAGUAUGUGCGUACGGGUUAGAUUCACGCUGUUACAGCGUGGUAGCCAGGGCACAAAAACAGCGGAGACGUUGAGCCUCACGCUUCAACGCUCUUAGUUGGAAAUUGACCCACUAUGCUGUUUACUUUCUGCAACUCCGUCAUAUCGCUGAGUCUACCUUUUAAACUGGUUCUCCACUAAUUUCUCCCAUGUACUUGAAAUUAGAAUUUAAUUUCUGUGAAAACAUAUCUUGUUGCACCCCUCUAGAAAGAAAUAAUGAAAGAUGUUUUUAGUCUGCCAGGUAUACUUUUUUCCCCCACUAUUGUUUUUGUGCCGUUUUGUUCUUGAUUAUCCAGACUUUAAUACUGGGGAAUGUAAUCUGGUUUGAGGUGAUGAUAAAAACUGCUUUGAUAAGUCAACUAUAAUUUUACAACCCAAUUUGUAUAUGUAUUCAUGUAUAUUCAUAUACAUGUAUAAUCAAAAUGCUAAUGAGAAAAAAUGUGGUGAUGUCAAAUAUUAACCUGGUUUAUAUUCGGUAGUGAACACCCACUAAUUUUAAACGGGCAUGAAGCUUACAGUACAAUACCUGGUCGUAGCCUAUGCUCAAAUUGUCGUCCUUUACCCUUCUGUGUGUUCCUCUUCUACUUACCUAACAGUGACCAAUCCUCUCCCCUGUCUCUCACAGGUAUAUUACCUCAAGACAAGAGAAGAUAAUGUUUGGGCUCUCUUACAAUAACUACUUCAGCCAGUGCUUGAGGUAUUGGAACUCUUUUUCUGUUUGUUCUUGCCCCAGUCAAGCACUGACUGUAGUAAACUACGUAGAAUGCAUGGCCAAUAGAGCCUUUCAUUCUAAGUGGUAUGCUAGUAUGGAUAUUGUAACUUGCUCUUGGUUUCCAACUCAUGCUGUGCAACCCCAUUUUAGGGCACUGAGCUGGCAGUGCAUGCAACAAAGGACACAAUCGACAUGUUUUGGGUUUGGAAGGGUCUCUACCCCAGAGUACUGAAUAAAUGCAGUGUGUUGCCGUAGGACUGUUUAUUUCACUGCGUAUUGAAUGAACAUUGUUCUGUUACCUUGACUUUGUCUGUACAUAGUUGUAUAAAAAAAUUCUAAACCUGUUUAUUUUUUUCUAAGCACUUUUUUUUAUUUAUGAUAUACUUGGCUUAAUAAAGAUGUUGAAAUGUU